AUGUCGCAAGGAGGGGAUACGCCGGAGACGCCUUGCGCCGAUACUGAAGAAGACGCUUCGGAUGCCACAGAGGCAUCGAAAGGUUGCGCUGGCUACAGAUGCGAAGAACGAGUUAAUGCAAGUUCGGUGGAAUCUCUUGCGUCCGUAGUUGUCUCCGCCGGACGAAAACGAAGGGUGCCGCAAGGAAUAACCACGAACCAGCAGGUUCGCGCCAGCCAAGUCGGCAAAAAACUUAGUUCGGUAUACUUGAAGCCACGGCAAGUACAACGCGUCAGCAGGCUGAGCAACCGGACGUUCUCUCAAAAAACGUUCGCUAGGGUAAAGGUCGUUCGACGACUUCUGGCAGUACGGCCAAAGUACAGCAGGGAUGUACCAGAUUUAAAGGAGCAUCGCAGGCAAAGCGUCGAAGGCUGUCUCAGGGCGGGCAACAACUCAAAAGCAAGGCGAGAUAAAGCGCCGUCAAAAAAUGGUCGGCGUCAAGUCGUCGACCGAGGUUCUCCAGCGCCGGCGAAGCAGCGAACGCGCAGUGUGUCGAAGACUGUGGCUGCAAAGAAAUCAGCUCUAAGCAGGACAUGCAGUGUAUCUAACAAAAAGGCAUCGAAGAACCAUGUCAUCACAAGCACUGGCAUCAUCGGACCCGAAGUGCAGUUUCAUUCACUGGGAGCGUCGUGGGACGAAACGCCUUUCGGUGGGCCCGUUGGACUUGUUGCGCUCGUGCAACCGUCUGCUGCCGCAAAGGGCGGAGGUCGACUGCUUCACAACUGCGACUCAACUGAUCCCCAGGGGAUAAUGACGACGUCGGCUACCGUCCCUGGUUCCAGUGAGAUCGCAUGUACCGUAACGGAAGACCCGCCCAGUCGGGGUACAGUCGAGCGUGUUUCUGUGAAAGUGGAGCCGAAGCCCGUCGCGAUGGAAACGGCGGUGUUUAAGGAUCCUGUAGUGGAAAGCGGUGGUGUUCGUUCAAAUUGUGCUACGCAGUCUGCAAGUAAUGACGCCCAACCUUCCCAGCUCAGACAGUCCGCCGACGAGGAGCCUCCGUCGCAGUCCAACGAAUUUAUUAAUUCCUACUUCGGAAAGUCGAUCUACUGA